AUUACCGGGGAUUUUACUGUCCGCCUGGGCUCAAGAAUGGAUGUCAUAACUCCCAGUGAUGAUGAUGAGACCCAGCAGUUCUACCAGCAGCUCCGUCAGUAUGAAGAUCACGUCCUGAGGAUGACAUAUGAAUAUUUCCAAGAUGAUCUGCUCUACAUUGUGGAGACCAUGAGUCCUGUAUCACUGCUGAGCGAGCUGUGCACGCGAAAUCUCCCUGAUGUCGAGAAAUACCAGAGUCUAGAAAAUGAUGGAAGAAGUUUGGCCCGGACGUUACUACAGGAUAUUCGUCAGAUAGGAAGGGAAGCUGUGAUAGUAUUGUGGGUCAGCCUUUAUGUCUUACGGAGAUGCCACGAUAUCCCCGACCUGCACGCUGUACUGGAGGAACUGUGUCAGAGAGGUAACACUCUGGUUGAGCAAAUCCUACUGGAUGAAGACGGACAACAGCUUAGCUCUGUACUGACAGACGUCCAGAUCCGUCACAAGAAACAUUUACAUGAGAAAACUGGGAGACUGAUCGAGAACAAACCUCCAAGAUGUGACCAGCGAGAGGAAAGUUUUCCCCUCUGUACACGUUACGUGAACCUCAUCGUUGUCUCCACUCAUCAUUUUAGGCAACGUUCUGAGAAUGAGCUCAUCGAGACCGGGGUAAAACAUGAGCAAUAUUUAAAGGAAACACAAAGUAAAUUCCAGGUCGUUUCCAUGAACAAGAUGUUCCGCUGGUGCCACCAAUCCAGACUUGUACCACGCGUGGUAAUGGUUAGCGGAGUGCCCGGUGUAGGGAAGACCACACUGAUGCAGAAGGUUGUCUAUGACUGGGUGAAGGGGGAUUUCUAUCAAAGAUUCUCCUUCGUCUUUUUCUUCAAAUUCCGAGACCUCAACAGACUGGAUAAGGUUAUUAGUCUGGAGGACAUGAUCCUUCAUCAGUACCCAUAUCUGGAGGAGCAGCUUAGUAACAUCUUACAGGAGCCAGAAAAACUUCUCUUUAUAUUAGACGGUUUGGAUGAAAGCCUUCAUGAAGUGGAUUUCACAUCACGUCACUUGUGCUCUAAUCCUAAACAGCCCGAACCUUGUGGUCAGAUUGUCGUUAGUUUGGUGAAAGGUUCCCUUCUUUAUGGUUGUUCUGUCCUAAUGACCAGUCGCCCAACCAGACUGGCAUCAAUUGAUUGUUAUGUUUUCCAGAGAAUAGUACAAAUUAUUGGGUUUUUACCAGAAGAACGACGGAUGUACUUUGAAAAUUUCUUCCCCGACCCUGAACUGGGGGAAAAGGCUUUUAAUUACGUGAAGCAGAAUGACGCCCUGUACACGUUCUGUUAUAUCCCGUCCUACUGCUGGAUCAUCUGUACUGUAUUAUCCAAGAGCUUCCAGCCAACAAGUCGUGAUCAGCCGGUCUCAUUAUUACCCAAAACCGUCACCCAGCUCUUCGCGAUAUUUGUCGCCAACAUCCUGUCCAAUCACAGCCGGCACCAGAGUGACGCUCAGAAGAUCCUUCAGUCCAUCGGAUGGAUGGCAGAAUAUGGAGUCAUGAAUCACAGGAUUAUCUUUGAUGAACAAGAUCUAAAUUGUUUCCAUGUGGACAAUAAGUCAAAGCUCUUAUCAAGUUUUCUGAUGGAAUCGGAGGAAUCUGUGUCCUAUUCCUUCUUACAUCUCACAGUUCAGGAAUUCUUCUCUGCCUUGGUGCAUUAUGUGGAUUAUUCUUCUGAGAAGUUACAGAAAUCACUAAAAGAUGUCAAAUCGUAUUCUGAUGGACGCGGCGAGAUGUUCCUCCGUUUCUUGUGUGGUCUAUCAGACGGCUCCACCAGGUCAAUGCUAACUGGAUACCUGGACGAACAAGCAGCUCAGACAUCUAUAGAUGUCAUCACUUGGCUGAAGGACUUUAUUCCGGAAAAGCAGAGGCUGUAUGGAACUGAGAGAGAGCGAUUUCUCAGUACAUGCUUCUAUCUAUUUGAAAGCAGGAAUAAGGCUCUAGUGCUGAAAUCCUUACAGUCAUACAGAUGCAUUGACCUUUCUGGUAUGCACAUGUCCGCUCUGAACUGCACCGUGCUAGCGUUCAUCAUGGAAACCUGCACACAUGUAGAAGAACUCAAUCUGAGUAGAUGCUCCUUCGACCGUGAAGGAUUAGAAAGACUUGCACCAGUGUUACAUGACCUGCAGAUUCUGAGUUUGGCUGGUAGUAAUCUAUCAGACUCUUGCUGCAUCCAGUUGGCAUCUGUAAUGAGGAAUAACCAGUCCCUGAAGGUACUUGACGUGUCGUUUAACGAGCUGUUUGGUCCUGACUUCAGUCACUUGAUGGAGGCUCUGUCCAGUCCGGCCUGCAGGAUAGAGACAUUGCAAUUGCGGAAUACUUAUCUAAGAGACACUUCCUGCAUCCAGUUGACAUCUGGAAUAAGGAAUAACCAGUCCUUGAAGAUACUUGACCUGUAUGGUAACAAUCUGUCUGGUCCUGACUUCAGUGACUUGAUGGAGGCUCUGUCCAGUCCGGCCUGCAGGAUAGAGGAAUUAGACCUGGGUAAUAAUAAUGUACCAGACUCGUGCUGCAUCCACUUUGCUUCUGUAAUGAGGAACAACCAGUCCCUGAAGAGACUUCUCCUGUCUAAUAACGAGCUGUCUGGUCCUCACUUCAGUCACUUGAUGGAGGCUCUGUCCAGUCCGGACUGCAGGAUAGAGGAAUUAAAUUUGGCCGGUAAUAAUCUACAAAACUCUUCCUGCAUUCAUCUGGCAUCUGCAAUAAGGAAUAACCAGUCCCUGAAGAAACUUGAUAUUUCUCAUAACAAUCUGUCUGGUCCUGACUUCAGUGACUUGAUGGAGGCUCUGUCCAGUCCGGCCUGCAGGAUAGAGACAUUAAACCUGGAGAACAUUAAAUUGAUGGAACAGGAGAGGAAGACCGCAAAACAUCUGAGAAAACUCAAACCAAAUAUGGAGAUAUUGCGUUGAAGAAACAAGAAGCGGAUUUCUAUCUGUGGUAAGCAGACAAGAGAAAAUACGUCCAACCCUCAAACCAAGAAAACGGAUGAAGUUCUGAACAACUCAAUCCAUACACCUAAAUCAAACCACCAUAAAAAGCCGAUCAUAUAACAGUUAACGACAGCUCUCCCACAGUGUACCAUCAGAUCAAGAUGAAAAAAGGUAGAGAUUCCUCAGUGGUUGAUACCUUUUAAUAGCUGAUGACAUAAUUGCAAG